CCUGUGCCGUGCUUCGGGCCGAGGGCAGAAAGACAUCUGCAGGGCCCGGCCGUAGACAUAAGUGGGUUAAAUGAAAGCUUUGCCUUCCUCGGAGCGCUGAGGCUGAAUGAUCUGGUGGUCAUCGCCCAGAUCUGCUCCUGCGGUCAAGUCCCUCACCUGUUCAGAAGCCGUUGUACCAGGGAGUGCUGAAGCGUUUGUGUUAGUAGUGAAAUAACACGGGUUUUGGGUGGUGCUCGGUUAGCCAGCUCUGCGCAGAGAGCUGCCGCCGUUCCUGCAGGAGCUGUGUGCACUUCUGUGUAGUACAGAAAUGUGCUGAAAACAGACACUACAGAGGACACUACAGGAGGAAGAUCCAAGAGCAUUUAACACAAUGGAUCACGUGGGGACAGCAGAUGCUGAGGACGACCCUGGAUCCCUGGUGCGUCUCGCCCCCAGCCCUCACAGUGAAGCAGUCGCGCAUGAGUUUAAGGAGCUCUCACUGCAGCCCAGUCAGUACUUACCUCCUCUCAACGAACGGAAGAAUGUACUUCAGCUGAGGCUACAGCAAAGACGGACACGAGAACAGUUGGUGGACCAGGGCAUCAUGCCACCUUUGAAAAGUCCCGCUGCAUUCCAUGAGCAGAUAAAGAGCCUGGAGCGAGCCAGGACUGAAAAUUUUUUGAAGCACAAGAUCCGCAGCAGACCAGAUCGGUCUGAGCUUGUCAGAAUGCACAUCCUUGAAGAGACCUUUGCAGAGCCUUCAUUGCAAGCCACUCAGAUGAAACUGAAGAGAGCUCGCUUGGCAGAUGAUCUGAAUGAGAAGAUUGCGCAGAGGCCUGGCCCUAUGGAACUGGUAGAAAAAAAUAUUCUGCCUGUAGAUUCCAGUGUUAAAGAGGCAAUUAUAGCAGUUGGACAAGAGAGUUACCCUCAAGCUUUGGAUGACUACUCAUUUGAUGAAGACAGCAGUGAUGCUUUAUCACCAGAUCAGCCAGCCAGCCAAGAAUCCCAAGGUUCAGCUGCUUCCCCUGGUGAGCCUAAAACAAGUGACUCACCAUCACCAAUAACACCAAAUGCUACUACUUCAACACAGUAUCCACCUUUAACCUCUCCAGUUCCUGAAUUCCUCAAAACUCCUCCUACAAUCGAACAGCACGUUACACGUUCUACUGCUACAGCCACCAUGACCACAAGUACUGUAUCUGCAGCAAAGCCUGGGCCAACAUUAGUAAAGCAAAGCCACCCAAAGAACCCAACUGAUAAGCAUCGGAGUAAGAAAUGUAAGGAACCUAAACCAAGGGUGAAAAAACUGAAGUAUCAUCAAUAUAUUCCACCUGAUCAGAAAGGUGAGAAGAACGAGCCACAGAUGGACUCAAACUAUGCUCGUUUGCUACAACAGCAGCAACUGUUCUUGCAGCUGCAGAUCCUGAGCCAACAGCAACAACACUACAACUACCAGACAAUUCUGCCUGCACCGCUGAAGCCACUGAGUGACAAACAGAAUAGCAAUGGGAAUGCGCCACUAAAUACUUUGAACAACAACACACCAACAUCAGCUGCGAACUCAACCAGACAGAACAGUAAUGUUCCUAACCGGAAACCAGGACCUCUGCCUUCAAGCUUGGAUGACUUGAAGGUAGCAGAGCUUAAAAUGGAGUUGAAAUUGAGGGGAUUACCAGUGUCUGGAACAAAAACAGAUCUUAUUGAGCGUCUGAAACCCUACCAAGAUCUUAAUAACAAUGGAGUAACUACUUGCAGCUCUGUGACAGUCACUACUUCUACUGGAGCCACAGGUAACACAGGGGAAAUGGCUGUGGCAUUUCCUGUUGCAACACUAAAUAAAACAGUGGCUAAUACAGUAUCCAGCUUUCCUCCAGAAAAAACAACUACUGGACCUGGCUGCAAAGUAGUAAAUACUGAAAACAUUAGCUCUCCUUUGCCUAUCUCUCCCUCCCCUUCAGAACAAUCUAAUCUAAGCACUGAUGAUACUGGUAUGGCAGAUACUUUCACAGAAAUGAUGACCAUGGUGUCACCAUCCCAGUUCUUAAGUACUUCACCACUAAGAACAAAUACAAGUGAUGAUAAUCAGAAUCGCAGUAGUGGAAACAUCUCAAGCAUGGAGUUUGAUGUAGCAGAAAAGGACCGCAAGCUUCAAGAAAAAGAAAAACAGAUUGAAGAGCUCAAAAGGAAACUGGAACAAGAGCAGAAACUUGUGGAAGUACUGAAAAUGCAACUUGAGGUUGAAAAAAGGGGACAACAGCAACAGUCUCAGACUUCUGGUAACUCAGCUGCUUUGGAACAGAAGCAAUUCAGUACUGCUGUCAAAGAUGAAAACGCUCUUACUGAUUGCUCAAGCACGAGUCAGUCUGUAUCUGUAGCUGGUCAUUCUUUAGGACAAUCAGUAUACACCAGUGGACAUAAUCCAGUUGCCAAAAAGGCAGUUAUCAUCAAGCAGGAGAUACCUGUGGCCAAAGCUGACCCUCAGAAUGCAAUUUCUCAAUUUUAUGUUAAUCCACAGAGGCAACCACAAACUGCAGUUGUUGCCCAACCUCAAGCUUUACUGACUACCCAAGGAACUGCACAGCUGCUCCUUCCACUAUCUAUCCAGGGACCGAAUUCUACCACUUCAGUGCAGCUACCGGUUGGAAAUAUAAAGCUACAGGCUCAAUCACAAGCUGGAAUACAGACCCCAUCACAAAUACCUGCUCCUAUUCCUUCCUCUGGCCUGGUCCAGACAGCACCAAAGAUGCAUACUCCUCAAUCAAAACAAAAUACCAUCACGCAGCACGCACUUGGUCAGACCCAACAAAUCAGAAAGGUUUUUCCACCUACCACAUCAGCUACAGUAUUUUCCUAUCAGACUACGCCAGUUACAACACCUUCACAAUCUUUUAUUAAUAAAACAUCAAACUCUAACAUUCACAGUGGUAAUAAUCAGACUCCCUCUGUACAGAACGGACCUGCUCCUAAUAAGCCUGGCUCCCCAUCUCAAGCCCAAUCUUAUGUUGUUCAGCAGUCCCUCUUCAACAACACAGUAUCCAAGACAAAAGACCCCCCCCGUUAUGAAGAGGCCAUAAAACAGACCCGCAAUAUUCAGACAUCUCACCGUGAGAUUUCCAGCGCACAUAGUCAGCAGAUGGAUGAUCUUUUUGAUAUCCUCAUCAAGAGUGGAGAGAUUUCCCUUCCAAUAAAGGAAGAACCAUCUCCCAUUGCUAAAAUGAGACCAGUAACAGCCAGCAUCACUACAAUGCCAGUAAAUACAGUGAUAUCCCGUCCACCACCACAGAUCCAAAUGGCCCCUCCUCCUGUGUCCUUAGAACCAACAACCAGCUUGUCUUUAAGUCUGGAAAACCAACUUGAAGCCCUCCUGGAUGGAACGUUACCUUCAGGUAAUGAAAUUCCUCAACUGACAGGCAGUAAUGAGGACAGAGAGUCAUUUUCUUUAAUUGAAGACCUCCAGAAUGAUCUGCUUAAUCACUCCAGCAUUUUAGAUCACUCUCAUUCACCCAUGGAAACGUCUGACCCGCAGUUUACCACUAAUAGUUCUUGUCUAUCUCUUGACCUUCCUGACACAAAUUUAGACAAUAUGGAAUGGCUAGACAUUACAAUGCCCAGCUCCUCGUCUGGACUCACUCCUCUCAAUUCCACUGCCCCCAGCGUAUUUUCCACUGACUUUCUAGAUACACAAGACCUACAGCUGCACUGGGAUUAAGCUAUAGCCAAUGAGAAAAUGACCUGUAAACCUCUUUUUACAGUAGAGAUUCAUUAUUACACUAUUCUGAUUGCAAAUAAGUUACAAUAGAAAUGUUUGUAAGAACAAAUGCUUGAAGGUAAUUCCUUAUUGAUGUUCAAGUUUACAACAGUGAAUUACUUCAUGCUCCUACCAUUAAUGCAGAUCAGGGCUCUCUGAAAGCUGUAUUUCACAAGUCAAGAAAGGAUGAUUGUACUUACUGUUUAAAAGCACGACAAGGGAAAUGCAUCACAAAUAUAGAAGAAAAAAGUUACGUGUCUGAUUUUGUAACGCUUAAAUGAACAACACAGUGUGGCCCUUCUUAGAGAAGAAAACAUGGGAGACGUUUCAAUUGUCUGUUUUGACACAGCGAGCAAAUGUUUGAGGGAGGUUGAGAUAUCACUGCACUUCAUUGUUCCUGUGGAUAGCCUGAGCCAGGUUCAAAUUGAAUUGUGAGAGCAAAGGCAAGUAGAAACACUGGCUGGUUCAGUGAAGUUUCAUAGAUCUAGACUCUUAAUUUGUUCAAGUUGUUUUUAUAUUUUGGUUUUGUGGCUUUUAAAACUCUUUCCCCAUUCUUUAAUCAUGAGGGAAGAAUUUAACUGCAUCCAAAGGGAUAUUAAGCGUAACUGCAAGAAAUCCACUGUAGCUAGGCCAAGUAAUACUGAGAACACUGAAUUUUCUAUUACAAUGCUCUGGAUUUAAUAGCUAGGUUUUAAUGUGUAUAUCAGACAGUCAUUUGUAUACUCUUUUAAACCUUGUAUAGACUAUUUUUGUGAACAGAGGGGAACAGUGGUCGUCAAGCAAGAAAUUACUGUAAUGAAAAUAAUAUCUUAAUUUGUCAUUGAGGAUAUUUUUGAAUUGAAUACAUUGAAUACAGUAUCUCAGCAUAUUAGAACAUUCUGAGGAAGCAGAAAAGUUUAAAUGAUGCUGUUACGCUCUAUGAUCCUGCAAACAUCUAUGCAGGAACAGUCCCAGUGCCCCUAGGAAGAAGUGUUUGUAGGAUCGAGCUGCGUUGCAGGGGACAAUACUGACAGGACAAUAAUCAUUUCCUAAAAAAUACUUUUAUCUCUUGAACAGCUUUGUCUACCACUGCACAACAUCAGGGAAUCUAAACAGGCUCAGUAAGAAUCCUAAACAGCACACACAGAAAACUGUAAAAGGCAAAUGAUCAGUAUCAGGAUAUACUGUUUUGCGAUGAGAAGGUAUAUUCCAUACAUACAGAUAACAGAAUUAAGCUCUUACUGCAUAGAACAGCACAUGAAAAAGCAAUUUUUUUAAACCAUGAGUUGUUGUUUCUCAGAGUCUGUUAUGUAAACAGUCAGGAAAAGCAAACAAAAAAAAUGCUGUAGUGUUAAGUAAAAUACUUGGACAUUCUACAGCUGUGUUUCCCAUGAUAGCUGUUAAAUGUUGUUAUGGAUGAGGCAGGCUGAUCAACAAAAUUGGAAUUUUUCCAUAUAAGUGUGUUUCUAAAUUGAGAUAAAAGGAAGCAGUCCCUUCUUUCUUGAACAGUGGAAAGGUGUUAUGUUUUCUAGUCUGAAAACUGGUCCUAUUUCAGAACUCCUUCCUCAACACCAACCUUUAAAAACAAAAUUUGUUGGAACUAAAUUAAAAAUGGUGUGAAGCUUUUGCUUUCUUCUAGGAGUAACGCUGUGUAACAAAGUAGCAAAACAAAAAGUACCUAUUAACCACUUAGCAACCUGAAUCACCUUUAAUUUAAUUUAAUUUUAAAUAAAAAUUUUUAAAAAAUCAUGUUAAUAUCAAACCAAAUACUCUUGUCAUAAAAUGUUGUAGAAUUAACUGCAAAUUCCAUGUCUCCAGAUACCAAAUGCAGAAUUCCAUUGGCUUCAGGUGGAAUACUGGAUUAUAUUAUCGAUUUGGGGUUUAAACUGGCAUCGUAUCAGCUAUCAGCACUUUAAAUCAUUAUGUAUUUUGAGUAGUUUUACAUGUCAGGGUUUACCUUAAUGUGAAACUGAGAACAGAACAAUCUAUCAAUAUUUUUUGCCACAGAAGCUGAAAGACAUAAUUCUUUCUUUCUUUCUUCUUUCUUGCUGUGCCUUGCUUGAGUACAGCGUAACGUGUGGAGUGUCUGCCUUAAAUUUUGAUGCUAUACGACUCUUUUAAAUAACACUGAAUACAUUCAAUUUUUUGCAUUCCUUUUCAUCAUAUCAUCUUGGGAGCUAAUACUCUGAGAUACAAAGUGCCCUCAGCUGUUACUGGAAUAAGAAUUAAAGACUCUUCGUCUGAUAGGAACAACUUUGAAUGGAAUUUAUAUUGUUCUACAGUACCAUCAGUGUGUUGUGUGAUGUAUCACAUAUCGUACCACGUACGUGUGGUUACAGUUACCCUUCUUGACCCUGCCUUCUGAUUAAAUAAAAGGCAAGUAAAUUGUUAGAGAAUAAAUUAACCUAGAACAACUGUACUGUCAUUUUUGAUACGCAUGUAAAUAGAGCUUAAAUCUGGCAAAAUCAUCUUGCUAUAAAACUAUCCUCAUUGGCAGUGUAGAAUGUUAAUUACUCCAUAGGAAUCUGUGUGCAGAAAUAAACCCAAACAGCUGAGAUGUGUUGUUACCAGUACAGUAUAGCUUUCUGCUCUAAAAGUCUAUCUGGGGGGGGAUCAUUUUAGUUUUUAAAGUAUAAAUAUUCUGGUGUGGGGGAUGUGUGAUUACUUUUUUUGUACAUUUGAGGGUUAUGUGUAUUAAAACCUUAUAUGUGAUGGUUUGCUUCAGCCAUUGUUCUGAAACGUGAUAUAUUUGCCACAGUUAUAUACACAGGUUAUGGCAGAAAUAGAUUUUGCUUAGAUUUGUGCGUGUGCAUGUUUUACAUUACAAUUUUUCUUACACAAUACAGCACAUCUUUGAAAUUUAAUCAUGACUGUGCAGUUUGACUGUACAGAACUGAAUAUUUCUCAUUAGGAAAGCAGCUGCAGAGGAAUGCACUGGCACUACAUUUGCCAUGAAAUAGCUGCAAUAUGCUAACAGAACACAUCCUAUUAAAUCUGCGGUUACUAAAUUCUUACAGAGUAAUUCAGAAUACCAUUUUAUCAGUGUGAAAUUCAAAAGUUGGUGUUUACAAUUCUAGACAUGGAAGGAGCUCAGGUAUGUUUUACAGGGCUGGUAUUAAUUAAGAGAAGUCACAUCCUGCAUGUAGUACAGAAAUGCUUUUUGUUAAUGCACUUUUAGUGCCAUACAGCAUUAUUUAAGGCAAGUAAGUUUACAGGCAAAAUUGUAUUCAACAUUACAAAUAGCUAACAAAUUAUUGUCAAAAAUUUAGCAGCUAUAUCUUACAAAAAAAAAAUCAGUUUAUUCAAAUGUUCUUUACAGAAAUGUAGCUUCUAAUCCAGUAGUGAGAGCCUUGCAAAACCAGCCCAUUAAAAAGCUGCUUCUAACGUGGCCUCAAUCACUGUUCAAUGCUGAAAUUUCUUUUCAAGGCAUCUCUAAAUUCCUGACCAGCAGGAAUUAUCUUCAAGGAAGCAAAUGAUCAAACCAGAAGUUUCAAUAUUAAACUUCUCUGUUACAUAAUCUCAAACAAUCUGAUGCCUGAAAAGUGUAGGCACCAUAGUUGGAAACCAAGCACAAGCUGUUGAACUGUUCUCAAGGCAGAGAAAAUGCAAUCACAGGAUAUAAUUAACUGGAAGGGCAUUAUGUAAUGAAAACACAAUAAAGCUCACUGAUGUAUACAGUUACUUGGAUGGCAUCUGCAGUGUGUUAUAAAUUUAAAGCAAAUUCCAUUAAAACUGGAAAAAAUAUUCUUCCACUUAUAUCUACUAAACAUUUUGUUAAAUCUCUUUUUAUUGUGGUCUAUUAAAUUGCUUUCUGGUGAUUUCUAGGCCAUAAUGUGGGUUUUCUUUCGAGAGAGACGUGGAACUGAGUUGCACGUAGUAUAUACGUGCCCAAUAAAGAGCAUCCGUUAAAAUCUGGACCUGAAGUAAUCUCAAGUAUUCCUUCUAUUUGUGAUGAAUAAAGUGCAAAAAAAAGAGACACCUACAUCAUUCUGUAGUGUUUGAUACUGAAUAUAUGGUCUUUUAGGCUAAAAGUGCAUAAAAGCAUGUGUAUAAUUCUAGCCAAAAAAAAGCUAUUCAAGCUAUGAGAGCGAAAUCUCAAUAAAAAGCAGGGAAUGGUUAACAACUAUACAGUCACACUAUUUUUAUAAAAAUUACAGCUCAGAUACUCAAAAACAGCCUAAAAUAAAUUAUAGUAAUAUAAAAAAAAUAAAUAGGAACCAAAGCAUUGCCAUUUAUAUUGCCAAAGAAGGCACUUUGUAUUUUGAAGCAUAGGAAAGUAAAUCCCCAAAAGUAUUACCCAUACUUUUUUAAAAUUAAGGAUGUAGAUAUUUUCAAAGCAGAUUUUGAUGUUUAAGAGUACAGAUUUGUUUUUGUUGUUUGAGAAAUUUGUAUUAAGUAACAGCACAGGCUUUUUUCCAGAUAGAAUUUUUUCCACAGUACUGCUUGCAGUAGAAAUGACGCUAACCCUAGUAGGUGUUUCUCUUCUUAUUUUCACAGUCAUAAUUAUGUAUGUCUUAGCAUCUCAUUUGGUGAAAAGAAGAAGAUAGAUACCUCUUCCUAGGGACCUCUUCAUUUAAGCACUACUUUGCUAAAUGCAAAUUAUGGCAAUCAGGGCGUCGGUUCGUGUUAUGCCUUUCUAUAAGAAACCAUGAUGCCUUUGUAUUUGUUGUUUGCACCCCUAAAAUCAAUUCCAUAUGUUUGAAUGCCAUAUGUUUUGCACAUUGUACUGUAUAUAUGUAAGGCAUACUGUAUUUUUAUAUGUGUAGUACAUUUAUCAGAUAUUUUGUACAUAGUGGCAAUAUUGUAGCUACUGAGGAAAUGUUUGAUAUUUCAGCAUUUUUGCUAAGUGUCUCAAAUAAAAAAAAAGGAAAACCGUUAA